AUGUCAACUUUCCAUAACAACACCUCACUAUCAUCCCUGACAUUCAUUUUGACGGGUGUUCCUGGACUAGAAGCUUCCCAUACCUGGAUCUCCAUCCCUUUUUUCUGCCUAUACAUAACAGCCCUCUCUGGAAAUGGUAUGAUCCUGUUUGUCAUCAUCACUGAACCAAGCCUCCAUGAGCCUAUGUAUUAUUUCCUCUCCAUGCUGUCCACCACUGACCUGGGAUUGUGCAUUUCUACUCUUGUGACUAUGCUGAGAAUAUUCUGGUUCAAUGCCAGAGAGAUCAGCUUCAAUGCUUGCAUGGCUCAGAUGUUCUUCAUUCAUCUGUUCACUAUUAUGGAGUCUUCUGUACUCUUGGCAAUGGCCUUUGAUCGCUUUGUAGCCAUCUCUAACCCUUUGAGAUAUACUACCAUCCUCACAAAUGCCAGAAUCACCCAAAUUGUAGUGGCAAUUGUCAGUAUUGCAAUAGUAAUCCUGAUACCCCUUAUUCUGCUUCUUAGACGCCUGUCUUUCUGCCAUAGUCAUGUGCUCCAACAUUCCUAUUGCUUCCACCCUGAUGUUAUGAAACUGUCAUGUUCAGACACCAAGAUAAAUAGUGCAUUUGGGUUGACUGCUACUAUCUUAGUUGCUGGAGUGGACUCAACAUUAAUCCUACUUUCCUAUGUCCUGAUCAUCCGUUCCAUCCUCAACAUUGCAUCCCCAGAGGAACGCAAGAAAGCCUUCAGCACUUGUAUCUCCCACAUGACUGCUGUUGCUAUCUUCUACAUUCCAUUGAUUAGCCUGUCCUUUGUCCACAGAUUUGGGAAAAAAGCUCCUACCUACCUGCCUACACUUAUUUCCAAUAUCUACUUACUUAUUCCUCCAGUAAUGAACCCUAUCAUUUAUAGUGUGAAGACAAAAGAAAUUCGUAAAGCAUUGCUCAAAAAUUUUUGUCCCAAAAGAUUCUGA